AUGAACCAGUAUAACUUUAAAUUGCUCAUGUUCGAAUUCUGGGCUUUAGGAAUGUUGGCACUUGUCUUCACAAAAUGCCCAGAACACUGGCUGAAUAUGAUCGAGUCGCGACAAUUCCUCAACUCCGCUAGCCGACUCGUGAAACGAGAGACGAUCCCAACUCGAGGCGUUCAAUGCCCUGCCAUGCAACAAGCAGAAGUUCAAAGAACGGCUAUGUCGGUGGGCUCUGCCCAUCCCGCAUGUGAGAGACUGAAUAGCAUAUGUAGAAAGCAACAUGCAGACUUGAGGGAGCGCCAAACCCGGAAGAGUUCACAUGCCGUACAUCCCGACGUCAAAUCGCCGUCAACGGUCGCCACACUCGUUGGCUCGAAACACGCCGAGGACCAUGGACGCAGUUCACUUGAGGUGUUCCUGAUCAACGGAAAGCGCGGUCAGGCUAGGACCGUUGGACGCGUUAUCACGCGCUUUUUGCGCUCCGGCAACGGCGACGACAUUUUCAUUUUCAGACCCAAUCCCCAUCGUGCGACAGCACGUUCGAGUUCCGAUGCAACGUUUGAUUUUACC